GUGUGUUCCAGCCAAUCAGAGUCGCUCUCGUAGUAAGCUAGCGCGAGGUUGCGAGCCAGGCUUAGUUGUGAGCGGCGUGCGCAGGGCUCCACACUAGCGAACAAUACAGAAUCAAUAUGGCUAAAGGUGACCCGAAGAAGCCAAAAGGCAAGAUGUCUGCCUAUGCCUAUUUUGUGCAGACAUGUCGGGAGGAGCACAAAAAGAAGAACCCUGAAAUCCCAGUCAACUUUGCUGAGUUCUCCAAGAAAUGUUCUGAGAGAUGGAAGAUAAUGUCAGUCAAAGAGAAGUCCAAGUUUGAUGAUCUGGCAAAAGCAGACAAAGUGAGAUAUGACCGAGAAAUGAAAGAUUAUGGACCAGUCAAGGGAGGCAAGAAGAAGAAGGACCCCAACGCUCCCAAGAGGCCACCAUCUGGCUUCUUUCUAUUUUGCUCUGAAUUCCGUCCUAAAAUCAAAUCCACAAAUCCUGGCAUUUCCAUUGGUGAUGUAGCAAAGAAACUGGGGGAAAUGUGGAAUAAUUUGAGCGAUGGUGAGAAACAACCCUACAACAACAAGGCAGCGAAACUGAAGGAAAAAUAUGAAAAGGAUGUUGCCGACUACAAAUCCAAAGGAAAGGUUGACUGCCCAAAAGCAGCUCCUAAAGUUGCUCGGAAAAAGGUAGAAGAAGAUGAUGACGACGACGAUGAAGAUGAUGAAGAGGAGGAAGAUGAGGAUGAUGAUGACGAAUAGAAAUGUAUAUUUUCUCCAUGUGAAUACCAUAGAGUAGGGGAACCACCGUCUGCCAUCUUUCAUGAUGGUCAACUUCCCUCAUUAGGUUUAAUUGCAAAAUUGGGUUCUGAUAUCAUAGUUUCAAAAAAAAAAGAGAGGCUCUUGGCGUUGUAACUGGUUUACAUUAAGUAGCAGUGUGGUAAACAGAGCAUCUGAAACUGUAUCAAAGUUGUACAUAUUUCCAAACAUUUUUAAAAAUGAAAAAGCGCUCUAGUGUUCUCCUCACUCUGUGCACUUUGCUGUUGAUGUAAACAAAGCAUUUAAAAAUGUUUCGAGCAUUUUCUUUCUUACUUUUUUUUUUUUUUUAAUUUAAGGUAUUACGAAAUGGUUCUUGAUUAGAAAAUCCUGGGUAAUAAACUGUACAUAUCUAAUCUGUAAACUAGACAAAUACCUAUGGUGCAUUUUUAUUUUCUCGUUUUUUUUGAAGCUGUUGGUACCUCGGGGUUCUAAAACGUCCCUGGAUUAUUAACGCCAUCUUUUGGGGUUCGCCUUUUGGCCCAAAGCAUGCACACAGAGAUCGAUUUACACUACGUUGGGCGUCCAUUUAGCUUAAAGUUGUCUUUUCUGUAUAUAGUGAAUUAGCACUCUGCCAUUAGAUGUUGGAAGGGGUUCAGCUGGCAUGAGAAAUGUAUGGAUUUUUUGUUUUCUUUUUGUUUUUUAAUAGUUCAGUGCAGUAGUUUUUAAACUAAGAAUGUAGGCACGUCUUCUCUGAAUAAAGUGGAGGAAGAGUACAGGAUUUGGGGAUUCAGAAACAUUCUGUACUUUAGGUUUUUUUUUUUGUUUUUUUUCUGUUUAGAAAUGUUUUUUUUGAAGCAAAAUAAAACAGUAUUACAUUUUUAAGACUGUUAUUGGCAAAGUUCUGAGUUCAUUUAACAGUGGAAUCGUCUUAUUGUACCGAUGUUGCUGCUUUCUGGGUCUGUUGUAUAAAGUGUGUUAUGCCUGUAUGGCAUUGGUAGUUGCUGGAUUUAAACUUGGUUGAUUCCCCCGCAGUUAGUUUUUACAGUUGUGAAAUGCCCAAUAACUUUGAAUAAAUGGUUACUGUGCCUUACACUUUUCCCAUUAAAGUGUAUUAAUGGAAUGAGACUCCUAGUCUAUUUAAAAUAAGAAACCAUUUUGUCAUGUCUAAAAAUAAAACUGAAUUGGUAAGUUUUGCCAUAAUUUCUUCGCAGAAAACAAUCGCUUGAAAGUUGCAUUUUAUCAACAAUCUCUUUUGUGGCUCAUUCUACAGAUGUCAUUGGUCCGGUUUUUCAGACUUUAUGGAAUUGUUUCAGUAUACAUGUGAUUCUUUUCAUAGUUUAAAUAUGACAUAUUAAAGAAACUUUAACUCCAGGUAAA